AUGGGUAAACAGAUUGACUCUAGUUCUACCGAGUCUGGAAGCAAUGAUCCACUCUCCAAACCAGCUCACUCUCUCCCUUACGACCAAGUAGUAGGGGAGCUAGGGAGCAAAAUUGACGAAGGCCUCAGCACCGAUGAAGCCGCCCGACGCCUGCAAGAAUAUGGCCCUAACAAGCUUGAAGAUGGCAAGGGCAUUUCCAUACUCAAAAUUCUAGUUGGGCAGGUUGCCAACGCAAUGAUGCUAGUCCUCAUUCUGGCGAUGGCGGUCAGCUUUGGUAUUCAGUCAUGGAUUGAGGGCGGAUGUAUCUGCGCGGUCAUUAUUCUCAACAUUGUCGUCGGUUUCUUCCAGGAAUAUGCUGCAGAGAAAACCAUGGAGUCUCUCCAUUCUUUGAGCUCUCCAACCGGCAUUGUGUCUCGCAAUGGGCAAACAUUUUCUAUACCCUCUAUGGAUCUUGUGCCUGGCGACAUGGUGGAACUGAAGACAGGAGAUACCGUUCCUGCCGAUUUAAGACUGGUCGAAGCAGUGAACUUCGAGACGGAUGAGGCCCUUCUCACCGGCGAAUCUUUACCAGUCCAAAAGGAGAGUGACUCUAUCUUCAAGGUGGAUACUGGUCCCGGAGACCGCCUGAACAUAGCAUACAGUUCUAGCACUGUCACUCGUGGCCGUGCUCGGGGAAUUGUUAUCAAAACCGGAAUGGGCACGGAAAUCGGCUUAAUCGCUGCAGCCCUUCGCGCAAGCGACUCGAAACGUCGCCCUGUCAAACGUGGCCCAAAUGGCGAAAGAAAAAAGCGCUGGUAUCUCCAAGCAUGGACCCUUACAGGGACCGAUGCCGUUGGAAGAUUUCUAGGCGUGAAUGUUGGAACGUCUUUGCAGCGCAAGCUUUCUAAGCUGGCUAUCAUUCUCUUCGGGGUUGCAGUUCUUUUCGCCAUUGUUGUUAUGAGUGCCAACCGCUGGAGCUCAGAGAGCGAGGUUAUUCUCUAUGCUGUGGGAACUGGACUAAGUAUGAUUCCUGCAUGUCUGGUAGUCGUCUUAACAAUCACCAUGGCUGUUGGAAGCAAGCGUAUGGUGGAGAGACAUGUUAUUGUUCGCAAGCUCGACUCACUAGAGGCUCUUGGGUCUGUGACAAAUAUCUGCUCUGAUAAGACUGGCACUUUGACACAGGGAAAGAUGGUUGUGCGCAAAUCGUGGGUCCCUGCUCUCGGGACCUAUUCUGUUGAAUCCUCUACCGAGCCAUUCAAUCCGACCCUGGGCCAGGUGAGCUUUAGCCCUGCGUUCCCGGGUAACCAUGAAAAAGGACAAGAUGGUGACCCUCGUCCUUGCCCGGAACUACUGUGCUCUGAAUUAGAAGAUUUCCUCAAUGUCGCAUCGAUGGCGAAUUUGGCGCACGUUUAUUUGUCGGAGGAAAAUGAAUGGCAUGCCCGCGGCGAGCCCACUGAGAUUGCAAUCCAGGUGUUUGCCUCGCGUUUCGACUGGUAUCGUGAUCGUUGGACCAAGGGUUCUAAGCCUGUUUGGCACCAAAAGGCCGAAUUCCCUUUUGAUUCCACCAUCAAGAAAAUGUCUGUUCUUUAUUCGAAGUUCUCAAAUGGAGAGGAAAGAACAAUGGUUUUCAGUAAAGGAGCGGUCGAACCCAUCUUGGGCGCUUCGACUACUGUCGUUUGGGAGAAGGGCUCCGCUCCACUCAAAUUGACAGAUGAUCAUCGUCGAGUGAUCCUUCACAACAUGGACGAACUAGCUAGUAUGGGUCUCCGCGUUCUUGCCCUGGCUCAGAGACCAUUUGAUCCAUCCUCAAGGGUCUUAGAAGGAAUGGACUACGAACGGGAUGAAGUGGAAAAUAAUCUUCAAUUUCUGGGCUUGGUGGGGAUCUAUGAUCCUCCUCGUCCAGAAACUGCCGCUGCCGUUGCCGCAUGUUAUCGCGCUGGCAUUUCGGUACAUAUGGUGACGGGAGACCACCCGGCAACGGCGAAAGCCAUCGCCCAGCUGGUUGGAAUCAUUCCGACCAAUUUCAAUGAAGUCUCGACCGAAGUCGAGAAGGCUAUGGUCAUCACAGCGAGCGAAUUCGACAAAUUAAGCGAUCAAGCGGUCGAUGCAUUGCCUAUCUUACCUCGGGUCAUUGCACGCUGUGCUCCUCAGACUAAGGUUCGCAUGAUUGAUGCACUCCAUAGACGGGGUGCCUCUGUAGCGAUGACUGGCGAUGGAGUGAAUGAUUCUCCCUCUCUGAAGCACUCAGAUGUCGGCAUUGCUAUGGGCAAAGCAGGCUCAGAUGUAGCCAAGGAUGUCUCCGAUAUAAUCCUCACGGAUGAUAACUUUGCAUCAAUCUUGAAUGCUGUCGAAGAAGGUCGACGAAUUUUUGAUAACAUUCAAAAGUUCGUACUUCAUCUGCUGUCGGAGAAUAUUGCUCAGGCUUGUAUUCUUUUGAUUGGACUGGCCUUUAAAGACUUGGAUGGCCAAUCAGUUUUCCCGUUGUCACCAGUUGAAAUUAUUUGGGUUAUCAUGAUUACUUCCGGCAUGCCUGACAUGGGACUGGGGAUGGAAGUUGCUGCCCCCGAUAUCAUGGAUCGUCCUCCCCACUCGAAGCAGGGUAUUUUUACAUGGGAGAUAGUGAUCGAUAUUCUCGCGUAUGGUCUGUGGACUUCGGCUCUGUGUCUUUCAUCAUUCUCAUUGGUGAUGUGGGGAUUCGGAGAUGGCAACCUUGGGCGAGGUUGUAAUCGUGAGUACUCUGAAGAGUGUGAGCUGGUCUUCCAUGCACGCGCAACUACCUUUGUCUGCUUGACAUGGUUUGCACUGUUCUUGGCCUGGGAAAUGGUGAAUAUGCGCCGUUCCUUCUUUCGCAUGCAGCCGACGUCCACCAAGUAUUUCACGCAGUGGAUUCAUGAUGUGUGGCGGAACAAGUUCCUCUUUUGGUCAAUUCUCGCAGGCUUUAUCACUGUGGUUCCUAUUCUUUAUAUUCCCGUCAUCAACCAUGUAGUGUUCAAGCACACGGGAAUCACUUGGGAAUGGGGAAUUGUCAUUGUCGAGACAAUUUUGUUUUUCCUCGGCGUGGAAACCUGGAAGUGGGGGAAACGUGUAUUCUUCCGUCGCAUGGGCCGCCGACAGCAGAGAGCCAAUUUCCAACAGGAGGUAGGCUCCCAGGCUUGA